CGACAUGCCUGACCGGAUGGUGGAAGUUUUGUUUUGUGAGUUUGGUUGACUUUGAGUAUUUUGUUCGUGUUUAUAAGAACACGUUAUUGUACUCCCACUAAAUUGGGAGUUACACAAUUGUAAACAGCAUAUUUUCCUUUGACAGAGUGAAGACAGGGCGGCUUGAAAGGUGGAAUUCAACACUUCGGAGUAACCCGAGCACCUUGCUAACUAGUAACGUUAACGUUAGUUUGCUCUUCGGGAGGGGAGACGAUCCAACGAAACCAUGGGGAACCGGGGGAUGGAAGAUUUGAUCCCCCUUAUCAACAAACUUCAGGACGCUUUCAGUUCCAUCGGCCAGAGUUGCAACUUGGACCUACCGCAAAUUGCUGUGGUCGGUGGGCAGAGUGCUGGAAAAAGCUCGGUCUUGGAAAAUUUCGUUGGCAGGGAUUUUCUUCCUCGAGGAUCAGGCAUAGUCACCCGUAGACCUCUGAUCCUGCAGCUGUGCUUUAACAAAGCUGAGUAUGCAGAGUUCCUACACUGUAAAGGGAGGAAGUUUGUGGACUUUGAGGAGGUCCGGGCGGAGAUCGAGGCAGAGACAGACAGGAUCACAGGCUCCAACAAGGGCAUCUCCCCCAUCCCCAUCAACCUCCGGGUCUACUCCCCUAACGUGCUAAACCUGACUCUGAUCGACCUCCCGGGGAUGACUAAGGUGGCAGUGGGGGACCAGCCGCUGGACAUAGAGCACCAGAUCAGGGACAUGCUGCUGCAGUUCAUCACCAAGGAGAGCUGCCUCAUCCUGGCCGUCACCCCCGCCAACCAGGACCUGGCCAACUCAGACGCCCUCAAGAUCGCCAAGGAGGUGGACCCACAGGGUCUGCGCACUAUUGGCGUGAUCACAAAGCUGGACCUGAUGGACGAAGGGACGGAUGCUAAAGACAUCCUGGAGAACAAACUGCUACCUCUGCGUAGAGGCUAUAUCGGCGUGGUGAACCGCAGUCAGAAGGACAUAGACGGCAGGAAGGACAUCCGCGCUGCGCUGGCUGCUGAGAGGAAGUUCUUCCUGUCUCACCCGGGCUACAGACACAUGGCCGAGCGCAUGGGCACCCCACACCUGCAGAAACAACUAAACCAGCAACUGACCAACCACAUCAGGGACACUCUGCCUGGGCUGCGCAGUAAGCUGCAGAGCCAGGUCCUCUCCCUGGAGAAAGAGGUGGAGGAGUACAAGAACUUCCGUCCCGACGACCCCACACGCAAGACCAAGGCCCUGCUGCAGAUGGUGCAGCAGUUUGGGGUGGACUUUGAGAAGCGUAUCGAGGGCUCUGGGGACCAGGUGGACACAGCGGAGCUGUCGGGCGGUGCCAAAAUCAACCGGAUCUUCCACGAGCGCUUCCCCUUCGAGCUGGUCAAGAUUGUGUUUGAUGAGAAGGAGUUGAGGAGGGAGAUCAGUCAUGCCAUCAAGAAUGUCCAUGGUGUCAGAACGGGGUUGUUCACCCCUGACCUGGCCUUCGAGGCCAUAGUCAAAAAGCAGAUCCUCAAACUGAAAGAGCCCAGCCUGAAAUGUGUGGAUCUGGUGGUGUCUGAGCUGACCGCGCUCGUCAUGAAGUGUUCUGUCAAGCUGGGUUCCUACCCCCGGCUGAGAGAGGAGACCGAGAGGAUCGUCACCACCUACGUCAGAGAGAGAGAGGGCAAGACCAAGGACCAGGUGAUGCUGCUGAUUGACAUUGAGCUGUCCUACAUCAACACCAACCACGAGGACUUUAUAGGCUUCGCCAAUCUUGACUUCAGAAGGCACGAUGAUGGUAGCCCACCAGGGUACGGCAACAACAGUGCCCAGCAGAGAAAUACACAUCAGAACAAGAAGAGGGCCAUUCCCAACCAGGGACUGAGAGAGGGCGAGCAGGAGAAGGUGAUCCGCAAAGGCUGGCUCACCAUCAACAUCAGCAUCAUGAAGGGAGGCUCCAAGGAGUACUGGUUCAUCCUGACCGCAGAGUCACUAUCCUGGUACAAGGAUGAGGAGGAGAAAGAGAAGAAGUACAUGCUGCCCCUAGAUAACCUCAAGCUGAGGGAUGUGGAGAAAGGCUUCAUGUCCACCAAACACGUAUUUGGCGUCUUCAACACUGAAUCCAGCAGGAAUGUGUAUAAGGACCUGCGUCAGAUUGAGCUGGCCUGUGACACCCAGGAGGACGUGGACAGUUGGAAGGCCUCCUUCCUGAGGGCUGGGGUCUACCCUGAGAAGGACCAGGUGGACACUGAGGAUACGGCCCCGUCAGAAACCUUCUCCAUGGACCCCCAGCUGGAGAGGCAGGUGGAGACCAUCCGUAACCUGGUGGACUCCUACAUCGGCAUCGUCAACAAGUCCAUCAGGGAUCUCAUGCCCAAGACCAUCAUGCACCUCAUGAUCAACAGCGCUAAGGACUUCAUCCACUCAGAGCUGCUGGCCUACCUGUACUCGUCAGGUGACCAAAACAGCCUGAUGGAGGAGUCAGCUGACCAGGCGCAGCGCCGCGACGAGAUGCUCCGCAUGUACCACGCCCUCAAGGAGGCACUGCACAUCAUCGGUGACAUCACCACCACCACGGUGACGGUCCCCGUGCCGCCGCCCGUCAACGACAGCUGGAUGCAGGAGGCCAGUCCUACCCCCCAGCGCCGCCCCCCGGCCGCAGCAGCCCCUCCCCCAAGCCGUCCUCCUGCAGUGAGUGGCCCAAGGCUAGGACCACCCCUCAACCCCUCCCCGGCGUUUGGGGGGCCCCCCAUCCCCUCUCGCCCGGGCCCGCCGCCCAUUAACGCCUUUGGCAGCAACAACCAUCAGGACCCUUUCAGUGCCCCCCCACUGAUCCCCUCUCGUCCCGCUCGCAUCCCCCCUGGCGUGCCCAGCCGAAGACCCCCUGGCGCUCCUCACCGGCCCACCAUAAUCCGCCCUGCCGAGCCCUCCCUGCUAGACUAGACUACCCAGUAGAACCAGCCAGGCUCACCUGUGUGUGUGUGUGUGUGUGUGUGUGUGUGUGUGUGUGUGUGUGUGUGUGUGUGUGUGUGUGUGUGUGUGUGUGUGUGUGUGUGUGUGUGUGUGUGUGUGUGUGUGUGUGUGUGUGUGUGUGUGUGUGUGUGUGUGUGUGUGUGUACUGAGGCCAGACGGGAGGGCUAGAGAGCAGGGGAGGAGGGGGCCCCUAUACAGUAUCUAUGCACAUUGAUAUAUGCUAUUUCAACCAGACUAAUCUAAUGUAGUCGACUCAAACUGUUCUCUGAUAUAAGCUGCUAACCCUCCCUUAGUCUCCUACACAUGUGGGCUCUCUCUGGUCUCCACAUUCUAAAGAAGCAAAGGAACCAUAACCACUUGAAUCUUCAGAAUCAGAAGAGAUAAUUACACUGUUUUGGAUAUUGUACCAUAUGUAUCAAAAGAUUCAUAAAGACUUAAUCGCUCACCUUUGACCAGCAGGGUGCAGUCACGGCAUCAGAUGUGGAUGGUUACAUGGAAGUGACAUGCCCCUAAGUGACCUAUUUUCUGUGGUAACAGAAUUGUUAAUUUCCUCUCUGAAAAUGUGGACUGCAGCAUAGACUACAACCUUUCUAAACGUAAAAGGCUAGCUUCCCUCCCUCCCUCCAUCUUUAGACGUGCCCUCACCUCGUGCUCUCCUACACCCUACACCUCUGUGUAAUAUACACAGACAUCCUGUUCAUUUUUUUUGUGGUUUUUCUAACUUGAUUUCAUACUGGAAAAUAGUUAUUGUUAUUACGACUACGGUGGUGUUGAUGAAUACUUUCUUCUUGUUAUUUUAUUUGAGUGACUUGUCUGUUUUAAUGCCCCCUGUAUGUAGCUUUAAAACCAGUCUCAUCACAGCAAAAGGAGGCAGAAAAAGACAAUUUAGCAGUGCAGGGCUACACAUCAAGCUGAGAGCAGCCUUAUAAAAUGUGCCCGUUAUUAUUGGAAUGUCCUGCCACCGUUGAGGAAAUGUCAUCUAUAUUGACCACUUGAAGCACUUCUGUGUACAUCCAUACAUCCAGUGGUAGUGUUGAGGUUGUCAUUACUUUAAGACUAUGCACAAUAAACAGAGAGAGAGUUGUCAGCACUUUGAGAUGAUUUCUCCACGCAUCCUUAAGUAUAGAGUUAUCCCAGCACCUUAAGUCAACCUCACUGAGGCCUUAACCAACCUCGGGUGUCCCAUUCAGGACAAGGACAGGUAAAGGGGAGAGUACAGUAGGGUCUCCUGGAGGAGGGUGAGAGGGCGGGGAGGCAGGAAAGGGAAGGGGGCUAUGUGGUUAGAGCUGGAGAGACACCGGUUUAGGACCGAAACUUCUUCCUGUCACAAUUCAAUGGUCAUUUGUCUUUAUGGACGAGAGACCCUCCCGGUGUCUUGGAAACACCGUUGUACAUAGCUGAUGGACAGUCUCAGUACAGACACACAGAGAUGAUGUCUCCCGUUUAAAAAAGAAUGGAUGGAGAAUGAUGUUUAAUGGUGUUCAUUGAAAACCAAACAUUUUAAUGUGUAGUAAUCGUUAUACUAAUUGAAGCACUAACACACAGCCGUUAUAUUGACUUAGUUUGGGAUGUAGGGAAACGUUGAGAUUUGUAAUCUCCAGAUCGCAUUAAUUCAUUAUUUAUAACCGUGGGCAUUUGUCAUGUAUCGUUUUGAUAGAAAUUAUGUCAGCUGUAUACUGCACCUUCAGCCUACUACCCCCCUCUGGAAAGGGAGACUGAACAUCUUUCUGGUAGUGAGUUCGACUACAGGGUUCUAGUUGGAAUAACUGCUGCCACUGGGAGGGUUUAAAUAGGAGUGAAGAGUGUCUCUUCACAGCUGGGAUUCUGUACUGAUGAAUAUCAUUUGAUUCCUCUGAUGGUAAUUUGAUCAUUGAUUUUACUGGGUGAAUUUUGGGGGUGGGAUGGGGAGGAGUUUGGAGGGUGAGUGACAAAUGGACUACAUUGAUGUUUUGAUUGGGUGAUAAAUAUUGAGGGUGAGCAGGGGGUGGGAGUUGAACUUUUGUUGCUCUUUCUGGUGUACAUACACAUCCUGCCUGGAGAACCUGUCCAAACUCUAUAGAGCUCAGUCCAAUACCUUGUACCCCUUCCAGAAAUCCAUUAUGAGUAAAUGUGCUACAGGUAGAGGGUGAAUUUGGUAGGAACUGUCUAAAACCAUAUUCUCUGGGCAGAAUGUGCUUUUCUUCCCAUACAUUUCCCUUCAGGUCUGUCUACAGUGACCGUGCUGCUAGUGGGUGUCUGACUCUGAUCUCAGCUAACUCCAACUAAAGCCUCUGGGAAAUGGAGUCUAUCCAUGCUCCAAAAGGUUUCAAUCUCUUGACCAAGUAUAGAACCCCUACUAGGAAGAGAUUUGGCCUUACAUUUAUGCUGUCACUCUCUGAUGUUGAAGAGUCUUAAGGGAAUCGAAAACGUCCCGUUCUUAUGAAAGUGUCCCUGUCACCUGAUGGUACCGGUCACUGUAGCCUGUCCCCCUACACCCUGUCUCCUGAUCUGUAAAGUGUAAUAUGUUGGUGACUGCCUUUUCUCCAUAAUGGAUGCCCCCCCCCCAACUCUCCAUGCUCUGUAUCUUUCAUAUUGUGGGUGGGGGGGAACUGACCUGCAUCAAUCUUUCUUUAGUUUUUGCAAAGCCUUGUCAAGUGCCUCUAGUAAUUUCCUGGGUUUGAAUAAACAAAUGAACCCAUUUGGAACAUGAGCGCUAAAUAAAGAGGUGUUGUGUAUAAUAAA